AAAUCUGUUCGGCGUUGAGCUGGCUUGGGAGGAGUCAUAGCCGCUUUGGGUUUACUUACAGAGGACGAACUGGAGCUUGGUCUUGGAGCAUUGUGUAACGCAGCAUCACGGAAUAGGUUCCCGGAAACACUGACCACGGAUUCUGCUUGGUGUGUCCACUUUGCAUGCUGUUAGUAGGAAACGGUGUCAGUCGUGCUAUAAUAUAACCAAAUGAACUAGCAUAAAAUGCGAUAGUGCUGCCUAGAGACGCGGACUGAGAUUCAGACAGAUAACCAGCGGGAAGGAAAGUGAGGCACAAAUCAAACAAAGUUUAGUUGGCUUCGUGUCAAACAAAAAAACACACUGAGAAAAUGUCCAAACCUAAUUAUACUGGCAUUUACCACAUGGUUUCCCAGGACAAAUUUGAAGAAUAUCUCGCGGCUUUGGAUGUUAAUUAUGCAUUAAGGAAAGUCGUAUGCAUUCUGAAACCCAGCAAACAUAUUGAACACGAUGUGAACACUGGCAAAAUGAAGAUAAAAACGGUCACCACCUUUAAGAACUUUGACAUGGACUUCACUUUGGGACAGGAGUUCACUGAGGACCUGGGACCAGUCGAUGGCCGAAAGUGCCAGACCACAGUGAAUUGGGACGGUGAUAAAUUGGUCUGCGUGCAGCGAGGAGAGAAAGACGGCAGAGGCUGGACACACUGGCUAGAAGGAAACCUCCUCCAUUUGGAGAUGAGGGUUCAGGGUAUCACUGCCAAGCAAGUCUUUAAGAAGGCUGAGUGAGGAUGGAGAGAGAGAGAGAGAGAAAUAGAGGGGCCAUUUGCUGGGGUUUUUGAGCUGAGAUUGUUCUUAGAGCUCAGGGUUCACGAAGAGGCCAUAUUGCAACAGUGAUUUUUCCCUGAGCCGCAGCAAAUAGCGUUUAAAUGAAGAAAACUAUGAAAGAAGAAAUUGGUUUACUCUCUAUAAAAAUGCAUCAGCUUUUAUCAUGACAACAGAGCCCUGAUGCCCUCUGUGAACAUUCAUGAAUGGUACUUUAAAAUAUGGAUGAGGCUGGAUUCAUGGCACCCUAAUUUUGUAUUAUGGAGAUAUGUUUACAGUAAACAGAAAUAGUGAUUAAAUCAGCCAGUGGUUUAGCUAGUCAAGUUCUACUUGAAUUCUUUAUUGCUAAAUUGCAUUUGAAGUCUAGCGUCCUGCUACUGGAUUAGAAAAUAUUAGAAAUAAUGGAUAUGAUAAAUCUAUGUUAUAGGAUUUUGAUUAAUUGCAGUAGUCAAACAUUGUCUAAAAGCGCUGAAAUAUGUGUGGUCUGAAAUAUAUAGUUUUAUUUGCCCACUAUAGAAUAUAACCAUUAUAUUACCAUAAAAUCCAGUGUGUACCAAUGUAUUUAUUAUACUAAUAAUACCAAUGCUAAUUGCAAUGCUAAUAACAAUACACAUCUAUCUAUCUGUCUA